CAAAGUCUAUGCAUGGAUGAUAUAUGAUGACACCGUCUCAAUGGAAAGACGAUAUCUGCACCUCUCAGCUCGCCAUGGUGGCCUAUGCGAUCUUUCUUCUUCUGCCUAUCUUCUCACCGGUUGUUUUUGCAACCGGCUUAGAAAGUCAUCGAAAUCUUCAAGUCCAUUUUGUUCAGCCGGAGGAUCGAGGAUUCCUUCCGCAGCGAUCACCGCAAGGUCAUGAGUUUGCGUUACGCCACAUCUUUCAUCACGGCACGUAUCAAUACCCACUUCUACAUAAACGGCUCGAUGUUAACCCCGAAACGAAAAUAUGGGUGGCUUCUGAAGAUGGCGCGAAACUGGAGUUUUCUCCCCAUUUCCGGGUGUCGUCACAGCCCUCCCGGAUCCAGCGGCUUACCGAUCGACGUGUUCAGGUGAUGGAAGCCCGACUCUCAGCUGCAAGGACGCCAGAAGUAUUCAGCACUUUAUCCCCGCCAGUAUGGACGAUAGAUGAAUUGCCUGGACCUAAUAUAUCCGAUAAAACGACGGUCCUUAACCUCGCCAAGAUGACCGCAAAUGCAUAUAUUAUGGAACCGGGAGCAGAGAGAUGGGAGGACGUUUCCGGUCCAUUUAACCAGUCAUUAAGCUUCGGAUGGGAAAAGGACGGCCUCCGUGGCCAUAUAUAUGCCGAUCAGACAAAUUCAACAAUUAUCAUCGCAUUGAAAGGAACUUCCGCCGCGUUGUUUGACGGUGAUGAAACUACCACAAAUGACAAAAUCAAUGAUAAUUUGUUUUUCAGCUGCUGCUGUGGUCAGGGAGGUCAAUAUUUCUGGAGACAGGUUUGCGACUGCUAUUCUUCCGCCUAUACUUGCAAUUCAACAUGCUUGGUCUCGGCUCUUGUGACUGAAAACCGGUACUAUCGGGCCUCCCUUGAUCUCUAUGCUAACGUGACGGAUAUAUACCCGAAUUCGACUGUAUGGCUUGCUGGUCAUUCUCUUGGGGGUGCGGUAUCGAGUCUCCUCGGGCUGACUUACGGUUUACCCGUUGUAACCUUUGAAGGAGUCCCCGAAGCCUUACCUGCUUCACGACUGGGCCUACCGGUGCCUCCAGGAACCGACCCCAAUACUCCACAGGCGCGUGAAUAUACUGGCGCCUAUCAUUUUGGCCAUACAGCUGACCCGGUAUAUAUGGGCACGUGUAACGGAGCCACUUCCUUCUGUACCUUGGCGGGUUAUGCCAUGGAAUCAGCUUGUCAUACCGGGCAAAGAUGUGUUUACGACACUGUUGGAGACCUGGGUUGGCGUGUGGGUAUCGGGACGCACAGGAUUCUCAACGUGAUCAGCGACGUCAUCGAAAGAUAUGAAGAUGUCCCGACUUGCGUAGCGGACACGGAAUGUCGUGACUGUGCUCUAUGGAAAUUUUUUGAGAGUAAUGGCUCACAUCCAAUUCCACCAAGCAGCUCAACAACGUCCCCCACGCGAACGCGGACGUCGACUUGUGAAACGCCGGGAUGGUGGGGUUGUCUGGAUAAAACGACCACAACUGGAACAACUACGAAUGUAAUCACUACCUCAACAAGCACAUGCAAGACCCCAGGAUGGUUUGGUUGUAAAGAUCCCACAACUACCUCUUCCGUCCCAUCCGCCACCCCUUCUCCAACUCCAAUUAUCACCUCAAUUUCCAUGCCUACUCCAACCAGUACUACAUGCGAAACUCCGGGGUGGUUUGGCGGCUGCAACGAUCCCCCUACCACUGCGACGAGUAAACCUAACUCGUCUUCCCCUUCAACUAGCACCACCUGCACCCAUCCGGGUUUCUUUUGGGGCUGUUGGGAUCCCACCAGCUCGUCGGAGACGCCCACAGCAGCAUUCUUCUCCACCGCAAGCCAUACAAGCUGCGCUUCUAAAACCUGGUUUGGUCGAAGUUGCACAACCCCAGCUCCCCGGUGACAGUUUCGCCACGUCAAAGUGAAAGCUCAAAGUAGACCGGAUAGUCGGGGAGAGAUGGACAUCUCAAAGAAUAGGGCUGAUUAGACGACUCCUCAUUAGCCUAUGCGUGAUGAUGUUAUGACUUUGCCGCCGUGGUGCCUUGAACCAAUCUAUUGCUGCUGUGUGUUUUGAAUAUACCUCUUUUUCCUCUGAGGCGUUUUGAGAGCGGUUAUGCCCAUCGGAUUUUAAAUAUAGCGCGAUGAUAUAUUGCUUGUGAAUGGCGCUAUUUCGGGCAGAUUGCUUUGGAAGAAUAUGGACUCUUAUUGAUUAUUUGUUUAGAUUUACAAUUAUAUAUGUUCAAGAAACUCCA